AAACCCCUAAAAUCAGGAGCAGAGGUGGGCAAAGGGUGCUGCUGGAUUGGCCAGAACACACUGAUCUCUGUUUAUGGUAUUACUGUUUUAACUCAAAGGAAGCAUUGCAACCUUGAACUAUCAACCACCUCUUCUCUAUUUUUGGUUUUGGACAGGGCCAUCAGAGAAUGUUUCCCGAAGUUGUUACGCCUGGAUGGCCAGGAGUUACCGUCACCAGUGACCGUUGACGUUGACACUCCCUACAUAGUAAAGCUCUGCAAGGGAAGCUACUUUGGAUCUGAUGAGCUGAAGAGCCUAGUCCUGCAAUUCCUGAAGCAGUACUACUUGAUCCAUGACUAUGGAGACAGACAGGUUCUCGCGGGUGCUUAUCACGAGGAGGCCUGCUUCUCCCUGACGAUUCCCUUCCACCCCGAGGACCCAGCCCCAAGCAGCUUGUGCGAGUAUUUCAAGGACAGCAGGAAUAUGAAGAAGCUCAAGGACCCCUGUGAACCUGCGGGUCCAGCUGCUGAAGCACACAAAACGUGUCAUUGUGCACACCCUCUGUGUGUUGCCCAAGACUCAGCAUGCCUUCAGCUCCUUCGUGGUGGACACGUGGUUCCAGACGGUGAGCGCCUGCUUCCUCCCUCGCGUGGGCCCAGGAAGCCGCAGGAAUCGAUGCUCUGCUUCUCCGUCUGCGGAGUGUUCAAGGCAGUGGCAGGAAGUUCUCAGGGCUGUUUGCGUGCAUUCACCCGGACCUUCAUCGCUACCCCUGCCCGCGACUGCAGUCUGUGCAUCGUGAAUGACGAGCUGUAUGUGAGGGAUGCCGACCCCAGCGAGACCCAGAGUGUGUUCUCCAUCCCACUGCCUACACCCACCUCCAGCUCCAUGCACCCCCUCUCCCAGCAGCAGCAGGACAUCAUGCAGGCAUCCUCCACCCCAUCUGAGAUGAACCGCUAG